AUGGGUUUCCUACUGAACAGCCAAGACACACGCGUCGUUCUUUCUAGCGAGCAUGCAUAUAAGCUUCUUUCCAGAUAUUCAGCCGCUGCUGCUGCAGCUGCGGCCUCUGGAAUCGUCACUUCGGCAAAUUCUGCUUCCUUAUAUUCCCAUUCUGCGUUCUCGCCUUCUUCCGUUUCUCAGCCCACUUCUCUUCCCUCAUCAUCAUCUAGCAGUGGUGACAUGACUCCUUGUUUUCCCGGUUGGCCCAAGGUAGCCUGGAUCAAUACCGAUCAAUUGGGCAGCUUCAGCAAGCCCCCCAGAGAUUGGACUCCACCAGAUAGAUUGCCACACGAAGAGACAAUGUAUAUUGAGGUAUUGUUAUUCACACACCCCACGUUGGCUCUCACUACCUCACCCUCUUCACUCUUGUGCCGAGAGUAUUGA